CGACCUCCACCCACGAAGACACCUCGAUGACCACAUAGCCUCUCUCUCUCUCCGCUCUCCUCCUCCAGACAAAGGCGCCACCGCCACAGCGCCGGUUUCAUUCCCUUCCUCUCGCCCGGCCACGAGGUGUCGCGGGCCCGAAUCGCCGUCGCAAUCGCUGAAGGUUUUCUUUUGCCGAGGGAGUGAAUCCUUCUAUAAGUUAUGCAUGUCACUCCCUGGGGCACAUGUUGAUGAUCUGGAUGCACUUUCUUGUUGCAGAGGACCUAUAUCAUCGUAUGACACUAGUACCAUCAAUGACAAAAGGCUCUUAGUUAAUCUGGUCAAUAGACAGGAUACUCUUGCUUGUAGUCCACAUGUUAGCUUCAAAGUUGCCGAGGUUAUACUUCCCAAUGGGGACAAAUAUUAUGGAACGCUACUGGGUAAUGUGCCAGAGGGAUCCGGGAAGUACAUUUGGAGCGAUGGUUGUAUUUACGAGGGUGAGUGGAGGAGAGGGAUGAGGCAUGGGCGUGGGAACAUCACAUGGCCUUUAGGAGCUGUUUAUGAUGGAGAAUUUUCUGGUGGAUACUUGCAUGGAAAUGGAACCUAUACUGGGCCAGACAACUUGAGUUACAAGGGGCGGUGGAAACUGAAUCUCAGACAUGGACUGGGAUAUCAAACACAUCCUAGUGGAGACAUCUUUGAAGGAUCUUGGAUCCAGGGAGUGAUAGAAGGCCAUGGUAAGUAUACUUGGCCUAAUGGAAACAUGUAUGUUGGCGAUAUGAAAGGAGGAAAAAUGUCAGGUACGGGUAUUCUUACCUGGAAAAAUGGUGAUACAUAUGAAGGUAACUGGCUGGACGGAAUGAUGCAUGGUUUUGGAGUGUAUACUUGGAUUGAUGGUGGUUGCUAUGUUGGAACAUGGACCAGAGGUUUGAAGGAUGGAAAAGGGUUCUUUUAUCCAAAAGGAAGCAAAAUUCCAACUGGACAAGAACUGUACCUUAAUGCUCUAAGAAAGCGAGGAUUGUUACCUGAUUUCAAGAGACAACACCAUGGUGCACGUAUCCUUCAUGCUUCAUCUGUUGAUAUGGGAAAGAUGAAGGUUAUUGAAGCUCAAGAAUCAGAUAGUAGCUUGACUAUAAGUAUACCUAAAGGGCGAUCAAUAAAUUUCGACCGGUCUCGGGCCAAACAUGUAUUGGAACGACGGUGGAGCCUUGAGGUUGCCAUAGAAAAAGUUAUUGGACAUGUUACCACACUAGAAUCUGUUGCGGAAAAUGAUGAAAAAGUGAUCGAUAUGAACAUUCCAAUCCUUGAGAGGGAGUACAUGCAAGGAGUUUUAAUUAGUGAGAUAGUAAUCAACAACAGCUUUUUAAUGUCACCUAGAAAAGGAAAAAGGCGUCAGAAGAGACUGAUGAAGGAGAUAAAAAAGCCAGGAGAGACAAUAAUAAAAGGUCAUAGGAGUUAUGAUCUAAUGCUCAGCCUGCAGCUUGGAAUUAGGUAUACCGUAGGAAAAAUUACACCAAUACAAAGGCGUGAAGUUCGUGCCUCGGACUUUGGGCCUAGAGCAAGCUUUCGGAUGAACUUUCCAAGAGAAGGUUCACAGCUCACACCUCCUCAUUGUGCAGAAGAUUUUAAAUGGAAAGACUAUUGUCCGAUGGUGUUCAGAAAUUUACGUGAGAUGUUCAAGAUUGAUACUGCAGACUAUAUGAUGUCAAUUUGUGGAUGUGCUGCACUUAGGGAGCUCUCUUCCCCAGGGAAGAGUGGCAGCAUCUUUUUUCUUUCUCAGGAUGACCGGUUCAUGAUUAAGACCCUCCGUAAAUCUGAAGUUAAGGUCUUGUUGCGAAUGCUUCCCGACUACUACCAUCACGUGCGUACUUAUGAGAACACACUUAUCACAAAAUUUUUUGGUCUUCAUAGGGUUAAGCCUUCUGGUGGGCAAAAGUUCCGGUUCGUUGUAAUGGGAAACAUGUUUUGCACAGAAUUGAGAAUUCAUCGGAGAUUCGACUUAAAAGGAUCAUCGUUAGGGCGGUCAACAGACAAUGUUGAAAUAGAUGAGAACACAACCCUUAAAGACUUGGAUCUGGAUUACUCCUUUUACUUGGAACCUUCUUGGAGAGAUGCUUUACUCAAACAAAUUGAAACGGACAGUAGGUUUUUGGAGACCCAGCACAUAAUGGAUUACAGCCUGUUACUAGGUGUGCAUUAUAGAGCCCCACGACACCUGCAAUCCUACGUAUCUUAUCAUCGAAGUAUGACACCAGACAGAUUAACUGUUCAAUCCGAGGAAGAUGCACAAGAGGAUGAGAUCUCCAAGUACCCACAAGGCCUUGUUUUAGUCCCACGAGCAAGUGAGGAGAGUGUGGUGGUGGGUCCUCAUAUAAGAGGAAGUCGCUUGCGGGCCUCAGCUGCUGGUUUCGAGGAAGUGGAUCUGCUUCUUCCAGGGACAGCAAGGCUCCAAAUCCAGCUGGGAGUCAACAUGCCAGCGAGGGCGGAGCGAAAGUGGAGGAGACAGGAUGAGGACGACGGAACAACCACCGAGGUGUUUGAUGUGGUUCUAUAUCUUGGGAUCAUCGACAUCCUGCAGGAGUACAACAUGGGCAAGAAGAUGGAACACGCCUACAAGUCGCUCCAGUUCGAUUCUCUUUCCAUCUCCGCGGUGGACCCCCACUUCUACUCCCGACGCUUCCUCGAGUUUAUCCAAGCAGUCUUUCCCGGGAAUGCACAGUGAGUUUUCUCUGUUUUAGGAUUUGUAGCUAAAAAUGGAUGGUUCUCGAUGACCACGGGAUGAUGGUUGGGAUAAUCAUUAGCUUUUGCCUACAUUGGGAAACCAAAGAGAAGAUAUAUAUCCAAACAAAACCAGCAGCUUUUUUUUUUAUUACAGAGCAAAAUUGAUUGAUCA